GAAACCUGGCUUUCAGCAGUUACAGUGAUUUGAAUACUCUCAGGAUGUACGCUGUCGUGGUACUUGCAGGGCUGGUGGUGUUGGCGGUCACGGGACAGAAGUACACCACCAAGUACGAUGGCGUCGAUAUCGACAACAUCCUCCACAACGAUCGUCUACUCAACAACUACUUCAACUGCAUCAUGGACAAGGGGAAGUGCUCUCCGGACGGCCAGGAGCUCAAGAAAAACCUUCCUGAAGCGCUGGAGAACGACUGUGAAAAGUGUAGCGAGAAGCAGAAAGCCGCUGGAGAUAAGGUCCUCAGGUUCUUGUACGAGAAGAAGCCCGAGAUGUUCCAGCAGCUGGAGGCCAAGUUUGACCCUGAUGGCAAGUACAGGGUCAAAUACACCAACAAGGCCGCCAAGAAGGGGGUAAAACUGUGAGCAUCGCCCGUUAUGAGUAAUACUACUACCGUUCUUCUCUCUAGUAUCUCUAGUGUCUUUAAACAAUAAACGCUGUUUUAUUUUUA